AUGCAUCGUCUCACAAGACGACCAAGCGAGUCUUGUCCUCCCGAUCCCGCCCACCGUCCUCGUUCAGAGAUAAGUUCUCGACACGAUGACGGGAAGAGUUAUCGAAGUCACCGGCGACAGUCCUCCCCGGCGUUGACACAUCGCCGAAGAGAGAGCCAAAGAAAUGAAGACCAUAAAGAUGAUCCUGAAUCGGAAUUCGACCCCCGGGAUGUUUAUUACCUCACACACCCUCUUGAUCCGAACAGGGACAAGGAUGAAGAAAAGAGUCAAUGGGAUUUGGACCUGGAAGCAGGGGAUGCCAUGCCAAUAAAACAAAAAGACGGGCAUGAUGAAGAUGCACGCUCUACUCGUUCACGAGGCAGAACAAGACGACCAUCUACCAUUGGCACUCUCUCGCCGCGUACACGCUCACCAGUGGAUCGAAGUCGUCGCCAGUCAGUGCGACCAGGCCACGGAACAGGUCAUCACCGAAGAGAACCCAUACGAUCAAGACCGAGGCGAGAACCAGAUCAUGAAACAUCAGACUCCGAAACAGCUAUCUCUCCUCGCACCCGCCGACGCCGCGUCAACCGGUCACCAACACCUCCACAUAGAGGUUCAGUUAUUCACGACGUUUACUAUCCCCGUCCACGUCGAAGAUUCCGCACAACACCCUAUCACCACCUCAACUACACCGACGACGAGCGGGAAGAAGACACAUACCACAACAACUACCCCCGAUCCUACCACCGCCGCGCACACUCCAACCCUCCGUCCACUUCUUACCAUCACCAGUCCCGCCGUCCCUCGCUCAACCUCGCAACCCUCAAAUCCUCCCCCAAGACCGCCUCCCUCCUCAAAGCCGCCUCCCGCGCUCUCGAAGCCGGCGCCGCCACCGCUCUCAAACUCCGCAAGGACUCGCCCUCCACCCCGCUUUUCUCCGCACAAUCAGGCUCCAAAAUCGCUGCAGCAGCUCUCGGCGCCGCGGUCGUGGACGGGUUGAUUGAGCAUGAGCAGAGGCGCCAUCCGAAGCUGAUGCGGAAGGGCGGGUUGAGGCAUCAUGUGGUUAAGCAGGUGGUGCAGAGGGGGGUGGCGGGGUUGGUGGGAGGGAUCUUGGAGGAAGGUUUGGCUGGUGGUAAUAAUGGUGAUGGUGGGGAUGAAAAGGGGGAAGGGCGACAGAAAGGGGGACGGAGUGGGAGAAAGGAAAGUGUCAAGAGAGUUGCAAAGGGGAUGGUGAGGGAUUACGAAAAAUGGGAGAAGGGGCAGGUCGAUGAUGGAAAGGGAACGGGUGGGAAGGAAGAAAAGGCGGGGAAGAUUGAGAGGGGAAGAAGGGAGAGUCGUGAAGAGAGGGAGAGAGACACUGGUGGAGAGGAAAGAAGAAGGGAAAGGACGAGGGAGAGGGAGAGGGGGAGGGAGGAAACCGUUCGUGGAAGGAGAAGGUAG